AUGAGCGGGGACCCGCAGCAGGUGACGUCCGGGGUGUCGAAGGAUGAGGAGCAGUACUGGAAGGACUACAGCGCCGGGUUCAGGCGCCGCGCUGCGAACAAGGCGUCGCGGGAGGGCGAGGACCAGUGCCACCCGGUGCCGGACAACCGCCGGCCAGGCCCGAAGGUGAAGAGCGCGUACGACCUCCUGACGACCUCCAACAGCCAAAGGGAGAUGCGGCUCGCGGAGCAGCAGAAGCCGAAGCAGUAA